AUGGACCGUUUCCGGAUGAUCUUCCAGUACUUCCAGUCCAACUCAGAGUCUGUAAUGAAUGGGAUCUGUGGGCUGUUAGCCCUGGCUAGCGUGAAGAUGUAUACCUGCUUCGACUUCAGCUGCCCUUGCCUGCCCCGCUACAACAUGGCAUACGGCUUGGGGAUCAUGUUCAUACCCCCUGUCACCCUCUUCCUCUGUGGGUUCAUCCUCAACAGACAGUCCCUGGUGAUGCUGGAGGAGUGGAGGCGACCGCAGGGACACAGAAAGAAGGACCUAGCUGUCAUCAGGUACAUGUGUUCCUCCAUCAUGCAGCGAGCCAUGGUUGCCCCUGUUGUCUGGAUCAUAGUCACCCUCCUGGAUGGCAAGUGCCUGAUCUGCGCUUUCAGCAGCUCUGUGGAUCCCGAGAAGUUCGUGGGCUUCGCCAACACCAGCCUGGUGCAGGUGCAGCAGCUGCUAGCUAAGGUGCCCUGCAAGGACGAUGAUCUCAUGAGGAACAACACAUCCCGAAAGGCAGUGUCCAGGUACCUGCGCUGCUGGUCCCAGUGGAGCCCUGGCUGGGCCCUGCUCUUGGUACAGGAGUGCCAG